AUGUUUAGAUCGUCACCACGGAGAGGACAGAGAUCAAAGGGGUUCAAGGUGAAGCAUUGUAUACAGCUGACACUGUUGCUUGGUGUUGGGAUAUGGUUGCUUUAUCAAGUCAAGCAUUCUCAUGAGAAGAAAGCUUUGUUUGAAGAGAGUGCAAAGGCGGCUGUUGUUGUUGGUGGUGAGAAAGUGGUGAAGCUUGGGAGGAAAGAUCUUAACAACCCUGGUGUUGUCGUUGAGGAAGAAGGUGAGAGUUUUAAUGAUAAAGAGGAUGAGACAAGAAAUGAUGAGGUUGUAGAGGAUAAGGAGAAGGAAAGUGAAGGAAGUGGGAACAAUGAUGAUUCUUCGAAUAGUGAAGAAAGCAGUGAGGUUGAGGUGAAGGAUGAGAAUGGCGGUGUAGAAGAGAGUGAGGAGAGUAAAGAGAAGAGUGGUACAGAAGAGACUGAGAUUGAAGAGAAUAAAGAAAAUGGUGGUGGUACUGAAGAAAGUGAAGAGAUUAAAGAGAAGAAUGAGACUGAGGAGAAGAAAGACAAUGAAGGUGCAGAAGAGAAAGAGGAUAAAAUAGAGGAAGUGAGUGAUGAGAGUGAAGGCAAGGAGAAGACGGAUAGUGAAGGAGGUGAGGAAGCUAGAGAGAAUAACUACAAGGGAGAUGAUGCUUCUAGUGAGGUGGUUCAUGAGACUGAUGAGAAGACUAGUGAGAAGGUGCAAGUGGAGGAAGAAAAGUCUGGAGAAUCAGAAGACUCUGUUAUUAAGAGUGUUUUGUCUACUGAUAAUGAGGAAAGAAGCAGUGAUGAAAAGAACACUGGGAAUGAUUCGAGUGAAAUAAAAUCUGAAGGUGAAUCUAUGGAGAAGAAUGAGAUGGUGGAGAAGGAAGGGUUCAAUGAUUCUAAUGGUGACUUGCCUGAGUCUAACAAGUCAUCUAAUGCAACAGAGACUACAGAGUCUUCUGGAAAUGAUGAGUCCACUGUAAAGACGGAUGAGAAAGAGAAAGUAGAAUCUUCUGAAGUUUCAUCUCAAGAAGAAUCUAAAGACAAGGAAACCGAGACAAAGGAGAAAGAAGAGUCUUCCUCCCAAGAGGAAUCUAAAGAUGGAGAAACUGAGACAAAAGAUAAAGAAGAGUCUUCAUCUCAAGAGGAAUCUAAAGAUGAAGAAACUGAGACAAAAGAGAAGGAAGAGUCUUCAUCUCAAGAGGAAUCUAAAGAUGAAGAAACUGAGACAAAAGAGAAGGAAGAGUCUUCAUCUCAAGAGGAAUCUAAAGAUGAAGAAACUGAGACAAAAGAGAAGGAAGAGUCUUCAUCUCAAGAGGAAUCUAAAGAUGGAGAAACAGAGACAAAAGAGAAGGAAGAGUCUUCAUCUCAAGACGAAUCUAAAGACAAGGAAACCGAGUCAAAGGAGAAAGAAGAGUCUUCCUCGCAAGAGCAAUCUAAAGGAGAAACAGAGACAAAGGAAAAAGAAGAGUCUUCAUCGCAAGAAGAGUCUAAAGACAAAGAAACCGAGACAAAGGAGAAAGAAGAGCCUUUGUCGCAAGAGAAGAAUGAAGACAAGGAACCCGAGAAAAUUGUGAAAGAGGAAGUGUCGUUGUCUCAAGAGGAAACUAAAGACAAAGAAACCAAUACAGAGGAGAAAGAAGAGUCUUCAUCUCAGGAGAAACCAGAAAACAAUGAAACCGAGAAAAUUGUGAAAGAAGAGUCUUCCUCCAACGAUGAUUCACAGGGGAAUGAAAGUACUGAUAGUGAGAAGAAGGAACACGUUGAAGAAACCGAACAGAAGAAGACUGAGGAAGACAAAAAUGAAUCUAGCAAAGACAAUGGCAACACUGAUGCUGAACAAAAGCAACCAGAGGAGGAAACUACACAAACGGAGUCAGAGAAAGAGGAAAGCAACAAGAAUGGUGAGACAGAAGAGGUGGUGACACAGAACGACCAAGAACAUUCUGAUACAUCUUCAGAAAAUAGCCUUCCUCAAGAAGUAAAAGAUGUCCGUACUGAUCUUGAAACUUUGCCAGAUUCUAGCAAUGGAGGAAACAGUGAUAACGUUGCAGCUGAGUAGUAGAUGUCCUUCCUCUGUUUGAUCAAAUCCUCUCUCAUAGAUGUUGUUUAGUAGAGAGUUUACGAAACUCAGUUUGUGUCAUGGAAUAUGUUGUAAUCUUUGUUUUACAUAUUGGCUGUAAUUCUUUUUUCUUCACAUUCAGAUUCUUGAAAACUCCUUUAUCUUUGGAAUUGAAGAUUUAAUUAAUGCUUUGAAAUUCG